UAUUUCUUGAAGCAAAAGACACCGAGCGAUCUGAGAGAAUAAAAUUGAAGAAGGCGAACCUGGAGCUCACUUUGCACUUUUGCUCCAGCUCCACGCCCUAAAUUUGCUCAUCUCUCUCUCUCUCACUGACCCAGACGGAUUCACCAUGACCAAGCAGCAUGCUAACUGGUCCCCCUACGACAACAAUGGCGGAUCCUGUGUCGCUAUUGCGGGAGCCAAUUACUGUGUGAUUGCGGCCGAUACUCGGAUGUCGACUGGUUACAGUAUUCUCACCCGCGACUAUUCUAAGAUCUGCAAAUUAGCAGACAAAGCUGUAUUAGCCUCGUCUGGUUUUCAAGCUGAUGUGAAAGCUUUGCAAAAGCAUUUGGCUGCUAAGCACUUGAUCUAUCAGCAUCAACAUAACAAACAAAUGAGCUGCCCUGCAAUGGCUCAACUACUUUCCAACACUCUUUACUACAAACGCUUCUUUCCCUACUAUGCUUUCAAUGUUUUGGGUGGUUUAGAUAGUGAAGGUAAGGGCUGUGUCUUCACAUAUGAUGCUGUUGGUUCCUAUGAGAGGGUUGGAUAUAGCUCCCAAGGUUCUGGGUCUACACUCAUCAUACCCUUUUUAGAUAAUCAGUUGAAGUCGCCUAGCCCUCUCUUACUGCCCGCCGUGGAUGCUGUUACACCACUUUCUGAAGCAGAGGCAAUAGAUUUGGUUAAAACUGUUUUUGCAUCAGCAACAGAGAGAGAUAUAUACACUGGUGACAGGCUUGAAAUUGUCGUUCUAAAUGCUGAUGGCACUCGGUAUGAGUACAUGGAACUGAGGAAAGAUUGAUGCCUACCCAGGACAAUGCUGCCGGUUUUGACCAGAGCUGAAAAUGUCAUCUAUUCCAGGUCUCUGUGUAGGUCAUAUCUCGAAAUGGCUUGUUUAUUCUGUUGCAAAGUUUCAGUUUGUACUCAACUUCCCCUAUUACGGUGAAACAUUUAAAGCAGUUAACAGUUGAGAACCAUUUCUGUACUGAUAUUUUCUUUGUGAACAAAGUAAGUUAUCCACCCCUGCACCAUUUCUUUUAUUCCC